AUCCUUAAAAAAUGACAGAUGACAUCUGAUCUGCCAUUUCUUUGAUUGAGAAUUGUUAAGCACGAGUUUCUAUAUUCUAAAUUUCUUAUUCAUAAAAAAUGGCUAUAAGUUUAUUAAACCCAAAAGCAGAAGUAGCGAGAGCUGCUCAAGCAUUAGCAAUUAAUAUUUCAGCAGCAAAGGGUAUUCAAGAUGUAAUGAAAACCAAUCUAGGACCAAAAGGAACACUAAAAAUGUUAGUGUCUGGCGCCGGCGAUAUUAAAAUAACCAAAGAUGGAAACGUUCUUCUACAUGAAAUGCAAAUUCAACACCCCACUGCUUCACUUAUUGCUCGCGCUUCAACAGCUCAAGAUGAUAUGACUGGAGAUGGUACCACUUCAACUGUUCUUGUUAUAGGUGAGCUUUUAAAACAAGCAGAUAUCUACAUAGCUGAAGGAUUACAUCCACGUUUACUUACUGAAGGCUUCGAUAAGGCUAGAGCAAAAGCAUUGGAAGUGCUUGACAAAAUUAAAAUUCCCAUUGAUAUCAAUAAAGAAACACUAACUGAUGUUUGCAGAACAAGUCUUAGAACGAAGUUGCAUCACAAUCUUGCUGAUGUUCUGACUGAUGUUUGUGUAAAUGCUAUUCUAUCAAUAAAACAAAAUGAUAAGCCAGUAGAUCUCCAUAUGGUAGAAUUAAUGGAGAUGCAGCAUAAGACAGAAACAGAUACCCAAUUAAUUAAAGGUUUAGUAUUGGAUCAUGGAAGCCGUCAUCCAGACAUGCCAAAAAGUCUUAAAAAUUGUUAUAUACUCACAUGUAAUGUCAGUAUGGAAUAUGAAAAAAGUGAGGUGAACUCUGGCUUCUUUUAUAAAACUGCCGAAGAAAGGGAAAAGCUAGUUUCUGCGGAACGUGAAUUUAUUGAACAAAGAGUUAAAAAGGUUAUUGCUUUGAAAAAAUCUCUUUGUGAUGGAACAGACAAAACAUUUGUGGUUAUUAAUCAAAAAGGUAUUGAUCCAAUGAGUUUGGAUAUGCUUGCUAAAGAGGGUAUAAUGGCUCUACGAAGAGCCAAAAGACGUAAUAUGGAACGUUUGGCUUUAGCUUGUGGUGGAGUUGCUAUGAACAGCUUUGAUGAUUUACAAGAAUCUCAACUUGGGCGAGCAGGACAUGUUUAUGAACAUGUUCUGGGAGAGAAUAAAUACACUUUUAUUGAAGAAUGUAAAGUUCCUCAAUCUGUUACUAUUUUGAUAAAAGGUCCCAAUAAACACACUUUAACACAAAUUAAAGAUGCUGUUAGAGAUGGUUUGCGUGCUAUAAAUAAUGCUGUUGAAGAUAAAGCUUUAAUUCCAGGUGCUGGUUCAUUUGAAAUAACAGCAAACAAAGAACUUUUAGCAUAUAAAGACACUAUUAAGGGUAAAUCACGUUUAGGAGUUGCAGCUUAUGCAGAAGCUUUGUUAGUUAUUCCUAAAACUUUGGCUAUUAAUUCUGGAUUUGAUGCACAGGAUACUAUUGUAAAACUUCAAGAAGAAGCGCGCCUAAAUCCAGAACCAAUUGGUCUUGACUUAACUUCUGGUGAACCAAUUAAUCCUAAAGAUGCAGGCAUCUAUGAUAAUUAUGUUGUCAAAAAACAAAUAAUAAACUCCUGCUCCAUAAUUGCAAGCAACCUACUGCUUGUUGAUGAGAUUAUGAGAGCUGGAAUGAGUAGUUUGAAAGGAUAAAUCUGGAAGUAUUAACAAUUUUAUUGCAUUUUUCAAAUUCGGCUUUUAUUUGACUAGCAACUAUCCAUUAUGUACCGAAUUAUAAACAAUUCAGAGUUUGUUUACAAUUUAUUUACAGUACAUAGGUAAUGCUGAAUUUCACGUUUAGCCACUAAAACUUAACAUUUAUGUUUAUAAUUUUUGCAUUAUUAAAAUUUGAAAUAAA